CAAGAGGCCGAGACCCAACUGAAGGGUUCUCUGGAAUCAGAAAGUGUCCUUCAAACGAAGCUGGCUGAGGCAGAAUCUACUCUUAUCUCCCAACGCGCAGCACUUGAGACCCACGAGAGUACAGUCGCCGAAAUUGAGGCCAAAUUGAUUAGUGCUCUAGCCGAAAAUCAGACCCUGGUCGACCAGAUCAUUGAACGUCAAAACAAAGCUGAGCAAUUGGAGUCCGUUCUACAGACGACACACCAGGAGGUGGACGGGUUUCAGCGAAUCGUCCUUGAUUUGGGACGUCAGAACCAAGCUCUUCAGAUCCAACUAGAACGGUUGACUAAUCGCCAGUGGGUGUCUGACGACUCCGCUUUGGCUUGUACAAACUGCAACAAGGAGUUUACAAUCAGCAUUCGGAAGGUAUGA